AUGUUCCAAGAGCUCAGAGAUCCCAACAGUUCUAAGUUCCAGGUAUCUGAGUUCAUCCUGCUGGGAUUCCCAGGCAUUCACAGCUGGCAGCACUGGCUCUCCCUGCCUCUGGCUCUGCUCUACUUCUUGGCUCUGAGCGCCAACACCCUCAUCCUGAUCAUCAUUAACAGAGAGGCAGCUCUGCACCAGCCUAUGUAUUAUUUCCUGGGCAUCCUGGCUGUGGUGGACAUGGGACUGGCUACCACCAUCAUGCCUAAGAUCUUGGCCAUCUUCUGGUUCAACGCUAAAGCCAUCAGUCUCCCUGAGUGUUUUGCUCAGAUGUAUGCCAUCCAUUGCUUUGUGAUCAUGGAGUCAGGUAUUUUUGUCUGCAUGGCUGUAGACAGGUAUGUAGCCAUUUGCCGACCACUUCGAUAUCCUUCGAUCAUUACAGAGGCUUUUGUGGUCAAAUCAACUGUUUUAUUUACACUCCGAAACUUUCUGUUUCCCAUCUCAGUGCCUGUGCUGGCUGCACAGAGACAUUACUGCUCUAGGAAUCAGAUUAACCACUGUCUUUGCUGUAACCUUGGAGUCACCAGCUUAUCCUGUGAUGACAGGAGAAUCAACAGUAUCAACCAGCUAUUUCUGGCUUGGGUAGUCAUGGGAAGUGACCUGGGUUUGAUUAUUGUAUCGUAUGCUCUCAUUCUUAAGUCUGUGCUGAAGCUGAACUCACCAGAAGCUGCAUCCAAAGCCUUAAGCACCUGCACUUCCCACCUCAUCCUCAUCCUGUUCUUCUACACUGUUAUCAUUGUCAUUUCCAUCACACACAGUGCAGGAAUGAAAGUUCCCCUCAUCCCAGUUCUGCUCAAUGUGUUACAUAAUGUCAUCCCCCCGGCUCUCAAUCCCAUGGUGUAUGCACUCAAGAAUAAAGAGCUCAGGCAGGGCUUAUACAAGCUAUUUUCCAUGGCCUACACCUCCAGGAAAUCUUUAGUAGAUGUGUUUUUGGGGUUUGGGUGA